CACCUAACUCAACAAUUAACUUACUAAUUAGUCUAUAUUUACUGAUAUAUGUAUAUAUUACGUCUUUUAUAUGUGCUGAGUAACAGGUUAAGAAUACUCUUGGUGUCGUAACACAAUGAACUGUCGUGAGUUGUUGAAAUCAAAAGUGAAAGUCCGUGUGUGCUCGUUUGUUUUCAGCAGCUAUUUUACUUCAUCCUAUUUCACUCUAAUUUUAGUUAGUUAUAAAAACACGGAACCCUGUCUUCAUAAUGACGAUGAUUGAAGUCGUUUUGUUUGGAUAUUUCAUGACGUGCGUUUAUGCUAAUGGGGUUGCAGAUGUGGUGCUGUCCUGUGCCCUGGUGGAGGAGGGAGUCGGACUGGGUGGAAUGGGAGGAGGCUCUCUCUUCACUCGGACUCCAGCCACUCUUGUCUUGAGAGAUGUUGCAGUGGCCCCUGAUGAAUCCCUUGAGGCACUCACUCCGUUUGUCCCACCCUCGAUCCCUGAUCCAGAUGCAAUCCUGUUUGAGGCCAAAGUGUCAUCACCUGACAUCCCUGAUGCAGCUGUGUUGCUCCAUGCGGACUGCAAUGAGCAGGAAGUGAUGUGUGAAAUAAGCCGUUACUCUCCCCAUGGGUCCCAGGACAGUUCAGAACCAACCUAUUUUAUGGUGUCCCUUAAUGUGGAGGGAGUUGAUUUCAGCACUGCAUUGAUUAUGCAGACUUUGACGUUGGAAAGGGACCAGUCAACCCUGAUACAAAACAAACUGAAUCUGCCUCUUAGCCAGUCGGGAACUCUGCUGACUGAGGUUAUAUUCCUGGUGUUUUCCCCUGUAAAAUCUGUAUCUGCCCCUCUGAGAGGUGAUGUGCUACUCAACUGUGGCUUCAAGCAGCCGGACACACCACUAGCGCAGGAAUUGGAUAUUGAAUGGCGAUUGCAACAUAGAGGAAAAGGAAGGAAAGUGCUUGAGAUGAAGACACGGUUGGAUGAUGUAGAGGGGACCACAGUGGUGCAUGCUGACAGGAGAGGCUCGAGCAUGGAUGCUGCCCAGGUUGUUGGUGAGGGUAACGCCUCUGUGACUCUGAAUGGGCUAAAGGUUAUGGAUGAGGGGACAUACAUCUGUACAGUCAGUGUAGGCGUUUUCCAUGCUCAACAGGUCAUUCAACUCCAUGUUAUUCAACCACCCCAAGUUUCACUCUCAGAAGAGAAGUUGGUUUUGGAGACAUCACCUCAGACACUGAGCUGCCACUGCAGUAAAUACUACCCACUGGAUUCUCAGAUGGAGUGGUUAUCCCUCUCUCCUACAGACACGGAGCCAACUGUUUUAAAAGACCAGGUCUCUCUGUCCAGCCAUCGGCAGCAUGGUGAUGGGAGUUAUUCUCUGUCAUCUCACCUCACUGUGCCCUCUGACAUCUCCCCUGGAACCAAAAUCAUCUGCAAGGUGUCUCACCCGGCCCUGGAUGCUCCGCUCUCUGUCAGUGUGCUGGUAGAAAGUCCUGAACUAGCUUCCUAUUGGUGGGUUCUGGGCUUCUUGAUCAUCACUGUACUCUUCUUCUACCAGGUCAUGAGAUAGGUUAGUAGAUGAUCUACUGGGUCAUCCGGACAUGAAUCUGAGCCUAGAAAGUCCAUUAUCUUUGUGUCAAUCUGGGAUCUUUGAGUUAUGACUAAUUUCUUACUUCUAUCCUAAUACUGAACUGAAAAAUACAAACAAGCUCCCUGGAUUAAAAUUGAAUUUCAGUUUUCAGCUGUGUAAUUUAUUUGCUUUAUUAAAUUGUAGUUGAGUGUUGUCGGUGGCAGCUCACCUUUGCAAAGUUGCACUUAGCAAGUUUGGAGCUUGUUUCUUGUUUCCUAUUCCAGACUUGUAAAUAUUAAAACAAAUGGUACUCAAAUAACAGAGACAUACAUCAGUAAUGUAUGGUCAGUCAAUGAUUAUUAUUUUGUUGAAUUUGAAGUGCUGCGUCCAUGUUUUACUGUAAAUGACCCAUCAUAGAAGUCUCUAGAGUUGCUCUAUAAAGAUAGCAGUUAUAUAGUACAUAUUAACAGAAUGAGCAACUAUAAAAUAUGGGACUGGUGGUCUGAUUCUGACUGGAUUAAGUUAUACUGCUGUAGUAGUAGUUAUGCUACUGAGAAUUACUGUGGGCUCAUUAGUUCCUUUCGUCAGAAUAGAGUGGAAAAUUGGGCCGUGCACUUGCUUGUCUGCUUGCUCUAGUACUGCUGGUUUACUGUUGAAUGGUGUCGUUUUAAAACAUUUUAAAUGUUUUUUUUUUCAAAGAUUACUUAUUUGUUGUACUGUUCUCAUUUGGGUAUUACUGAUACUAUUUUAAAUGUAGCUUAUUACUGUAUGCCUUGUUCUUUUUUGUCUGUGUGGUGUCGAUAUUGUAAUUUGCCUUUCACAAUGAAGGAUAUGUCUUCCUGUGUAAUGUUUUAAGUUGUUUGACAUUACCAAUAUUAGUACUCUUGUUAUACAUCUGAUUUAAGCUCUGUUGUAGAUAAAUUACAGCAUUUCUCUUUUACAAAAACAAUCAAAAUCACAGCCUGUAUAUUGGCUUGAUGAAGCUGAAGUACACCAGUGGAGUAGACUGAGGAAAAACAACAUGGUCUGAAUGGGAACAUUAUGAUAAUAAAAUACAACAACU